CUCAUUUAUUGAGAGAGCUCGCUAUCAGGAAGAGCUUUUAAUGUCCGAAGUGAUGAUUGAUGCAACGUGCCUUAUUGGAUUUAAUGGAAUUUUCUGACAGAGUAUUGCAUUAGUAUUACGUUUGUCUUAAGAAAGUUUCCUUCUGAUGGGACCACAAUGGAACAUUACAAUGAAUCAUCCGUUAAUUUGUUGUCUGUGAAAAGAAUGAACGGAAACCAUCCACCUUUAAACAAUAAUCUAGAUAAGGACAUUGAAAAGUCCUCAGAAAACAACAAUGUGUUGUCUGUCAACAAACUGUACGAACUGGAAUCGUUUACCCCCGAAGACCUUAGUGAAAAUUCUGACUUAUCAAAUCUACGUUGUAAAAGAUGGUUUUAUUUGUGUGCGGGAGUUGUGAUAAUGUUUAUGAUAGUGCUGAUAGUGGGAAUUAUCGUGUUUUUUAAAUUAUCAGCCCCAGAUAGCCAUAAACUCAUGAACAGAACAACAACAGAGGUUCCCCCAUACACAUCAUCAGCAUCGACAGUUCCAUCCUCCACCACAGAGCUUUCAAGUUUCAGUUCCACUUCAUCAUCACCAACAUGGUCCACUACAUCAGUAUCAACAGAUACUUCUUCAGUCACUUCAUCAAGUACAUUACCAUCUUCUCUAUCAUCCACCAGUACAUCUUCAGUUUUGACCACCACUUCAUCUGUCUCUUCGUCUAGUAUUACAAUCAACACUACUGAGUCUCUCACCACUUUUUCUACAAGUCCCAUUUCAGUGUGUGAACAUAGUGAGUUCCGCUGUGCUGAUGGGUCAUGUAUCCGGGCCCAGUACGUCUGUGAUGGGCGACCCCAUUGUCCUGGUGCUGACGAUGAAUACAAAAACUGCAAGUGUUCUGCAGACCAGUUCCAAUGUGCCAGUGGCCAGUGCAUCAGUUCCAACUUUCGCUGUGAUAAGGUGGCUCAAUGUGAUGAUCUCUCUGAUGAAAUCAACUGCACAAAUUGUUCAGGUUUCCAGUGCAACUCCGGCCUCUGUCUGUGGACCACGUCUGUUCAAUGCAACAACCACAUUGACUGCCUCGACCUUUCAGAUGAGCUCAAUUGUAUGUUGAGACCAGGCUAUCUGCGAUGUGCGAACAAUCUUACGGUGCCACGGGACAGUUUCUGCAACCAUAGAGAUGAUUGCUUUGAUAACAGUGAUGAGACAGACCCAGAUUGCAAAUACGAAGAGUGUGGCAUACAUGAGAUUAUGUGUGAUGACGAGCUCUCUUGUUACCUGCGUGAUUGGAAAUGUGACGGAUACACAGACUGUCAUGACCAGUCAGAUGAGAAAUACUGUGGUAUAUGCAAGUCUGGUGAAUUCAAGUGCUCCAACCAUAAAUGCAUUCCAGCCAAUCAAGUUUGUGAUGGUAUUGAACAGUGCUCCAUGGGUACAGAUGAGAUGCGGUGUUUGCAUUUGUCAUCUGACCUAUCUGGCACACUUGCUGUGACCUCAGGUGACCUUCAACUUCCUGUUUGCAGUGACACCUGGUCUGAAACCAUGGCGACAGAAGUCUGCUCUCAACUAGGACUUGGCCCCAGCACUGGUAGCAGCUCCAUCUCACCAGUCACUGCAGGGGUGUCUACCAACCAGGGCUUCAUGGUGGCCAGUCCAGACCCCAGAACUCUUAACCACAAUCAGACCGUGCUUAGUAGGCUAGACAAGGCAGUUGCCUGUCCUUCAAAUAAAGUUGUCCAGAUGGGAUGUCAACAGAAAGGUUGUGGUGAAAGACAAAUUGAUGUUCUUACGCCCUUCAUUGUUGGUGGAACUCUGGCUCCCCAAGGGAAGUGGCCCUGGAUUGUCUCUCUUAUCAUGAAGGGAACCAAUAUAUGUGGAGGAGUCCUCAUAGGGGACAAAUGGGCCCUCACUGCUGCACAUUGUAUUGUUCACCAGGAUGCCAACUACACCCUGAUGCCGCACGUGUUCGAGGUCCUGGCAGGCACCACAUCCAGGGAGCGCCUGUCUAAGCAGCCUUUCCAACGGGUCCGCGUGGAGAAGAUCUACCUCAAUCCCAGCAUGCGGCGACUGGAGAACGGUCAGAUUGACUGGGAUAUGGCCCUCCUCAAACUGUCUUCUGCUGUGAAGUUUGGGGACUUUGUUCAGCCCAUUUGUCUACCAGAAAUCAGUGCUCCUGUGCCCACCAAUCUCCAGUGCUUUCUUGCAGGAUGGGGCUAUAUCAAUACAAAAUCUGUCAUGGUAACUGACCUGCGUGAGGCCAAGAUGCGGCUGUACAACGAUGACUUCUGCUCUAAGAACAUCAACCAACAAAGUCUUGAGACACAUGUGAACACCAACUCCACACUGUGCUCGGGCUACACUCACGGUCAGAUCUCAGGUUGCCAGGGUGACAGUGGGAGUCCAUUGAUGUGCCAGGAUUCAACAGGCCACUGGACAGUGCAAGGUCUCAUGAGCUACGGAGUGGACGGCUGUGAUGGCCAGUUUAAGAGUAUUGUAAACAGAUUUGCCAAAGUAUCAACAUCUGUGAACUGGAUACAGAGUAUUAUAAGUAUUAAUCUCUUUGUAACAUAGUUCCACUACCUGAGAUACAUUUAUACAGUGAUAGCACAUGAUAAAAUCUGCUUAUAACAUAGUUUCACUACCUAUGAUGCAGUUAUAGAAUGACAGCACAAGGUAAAAUCUCCUUAUUACAAAGUUCCACGACUGGAAACAUGCUUUCACUGCAUUUGAUGUGUGGCAUAACAUAAUUAUGCCUCAUGUUUGCAUUUAAAGUUUUGUGACUAUAACAACUGGAAAGUUUGGAGUAACCUUGCCUAUAGUUUCACUAUCUAUGUGAAUUGAUGCUGGAACUCAGUUUGGCAAUGUUGGAUCUGUAUGGAGUGAACAUCUGUGUUACACAGUUCUAUUUCCUGUUUGCAUUUGACAGUUUUUAAUUCCAUAAAUGGGAAAUUGCAUGCAACAUUUUUCAGUUCAUGUGUUCAU